AUGAGUGAAAAGACUACGAAGGGGAAAAAAAAUCAAGCCGUUUUCAAGCGAUAUUCAUGUUACAUGUGUGAUCAGGAGUUCGCGCUACCAAGUGCAGCCAUUGAUCAUGUGACGAACUUCCAUAAGGUUGGACAAGAGCCCGGGAUGUUCGUCGUGGAUAAGACGGAUCCAAUGACUAGAGCUAUCAAAGAAGAAUCUUUUACUGAGAACUCUGAAAGGACUGCCGAUCAAGAGUUGAUGGAGAGCCGUCGUGAUGAUACGAUUCUUGCCACGACAUCAAGUAUUUUUCCUCACUUACAAGUCAACGGAGUGAAGAAAGAGCAACCGGAGGUUCCAGCUGCAUCGAGCGCUUCGAAGGGUGAAGCGGUCAAACCAACCCAGUUCAACCUGGCCAAAGUCAAAAAAGAAAAGGAGGAUGAGACGAAAAAUGGAGAGAUGGCCAAUGGAGCACAACACAUGAUAAAGAAGAAACUGCCACGUGACGUCGAUCCAAUCGUCUACAAAAAGUCCAACGAAGAUCCGGGAAACAUCAGCUACUUGGUCGUCGGAGGGCUCGCCGAGCAAAUCCGAGAGCUCCGUGAAGUCGUCGAGCUCCCCCUCAUCAAUCCGGAAUUGAUUCGUCGUGUCGGAAUCACUCCGCCAAAAGGAUGUCUUCUAUUUGGACCGCCCGGGAACGGAAAAACGCUGUUGGCGAGUGCAGUGGCGUCACAAUUUGAUUGUUUCGUUGUGAAAGUCAUGCCGUCAACAUUCAACAACAAAACAACUGGAGAAACGGCUAUGCUCAUAAGAGAGAUUUUUAAUUACGCCAGAGAUCAUCAGCCCUGCAUUCUAUUUAUGGAUGAAAUUGAUGCGAUUGUUGGAUUACGCUUGGGACCGUCGGCGGAUCGAGAGAGGGGAACUUUGGUGGAGAUGUUGAAUCAGCUGGAUGGAAUCGACCCACUUGGUAAAGUGAAGGUUAUUAUGGCGACGAAUCGACCGGAUACUCUGGAUCCAUCACUUCUUCGUUCUGGACGACUCGAUCGAAAAAUUGAAAUCGGACUGCCCAAUGAGCAAUCGAGACUUGAGAUUCUGAAGAUCCAUUCGAAUAAGAUUACGAAGCGUGGAGAAAUUGAUUUUGAGGCGGUUGUUAAGUUGUCGGAUGGAUUCUCGGCAGCGGAUUUGACAAAUGUGUGCACUGAAGCGGGUCUGCUCGCGAUCCGUGCUGAACGUGAAUUCGUCAUCGACGAGGACUUCAAGAAGGCCGCCCGUAAAGUGGGUGAUGCGAAACGUCUCGGGACGAAACUCGACUAA